UAUGUUGACUCUGCAGAUUUGGAGGCCAGUGCACUGCAGGAAGAGCCAGUGAGGUACCAUGAGGCCUGGCAGAAACUCUGCAGCGCCAAUGGUAUUUUAGUACCUGGAGGUUUUGGAGUACGAGGGACGGAGGGCAAGAUUCAAGCCAUCAGCUGGGCCAGGAAACAGAAGAAGCCCUUCCUGGGUGUGUGUUUGGGGAUGCAGCUCGCUGUGUGUGAAUUUGCUAGAAACAUGUUGGAUUGGAAAGAUGCUAACUCCACCGAAUUUGACCCAGAAACAAAACAUCCUGUGGUGAUUGACAUGCCAGAGCACAAUCCAGGGCAGAUGGGAGGAACUAUGCGGCUGGGGAAAAGGAGAACCAUUUUCAAAACCCAAAACAGCAUACUUAGAAAACUUUAUGGAGAUGUAGAUUAUGUCGAGGAAAGACACCGGCAUCGCUUUGAGGUACAUCGUCAUUUAUACAUGCAUACAAUGUAA